AUGAGAGGGAAAUGUGAGCCACCAAAUAAGACUAAAAAAUCCACUAUAGAUACCGUUGACAGGUUCAUCAAAAAUUUAGCAGCUGUACCUUCGCACUAUUGUCGUCAAGACUCAAGCAAAGUUUACCUUCCCCAAGAAUACAAAAAUGUCACCAACUUGUAUAAACUUUACAAGCAGCAUUACGUGAGUCAGGGUGUGGACGUAGAGUGUAAAAAUAUCGACACUAUUCAAAUAAACUUUCUCUUGACUGGACACACUUACAUGCCCGUAGAUACAGUGCGUGCUAUUAUUGAAAACAGAUUAAAGAAUACAACUGUUUACGCACCAUCACAAUGGUUUACAGUUUUUGCAACUGCUAGACAAGAACCAGCGCUUUUCGAGGUAGAAAGACUGAGUUAUGAAGAUUUUUAUAGAUGGGAUAGUAUUAGUGACAAAUAUUAUAAAGGCAACUUAACUGGAAAAAUAAGCAAGAUCCGAAUUAUGACUUUCAGAAAAGACAAGCAAAGCGUUAAAUAUAAAACAUCUAUGAAUCCUACUGCGGCUUCCUUUGAUAUUGAAGUUCAGUCUAAAACCAAGGUAUCUCUUUUACCUUGUUAUCGAUCGCAACUUCCCAUAUCAAAAGCUAAAUAUGACGAUUUAGUCAAACUUUGCGUGGACAAAGUUAUUCCUAAUUGCUUUAAACAUGAAUUUGUGAACAUUCCACGCGCAACAAAUGUUAAAGAUUAUCUACCGGAUUCAGACAUUGAAGAUUGUGAUAUUGUGAUAUUAUUAUUUAGAUUGAGUAACUAA